ACUCCUCCAUACAGCUCCAGUCCUCACACAUGUGCGCCGUGUCCUCCUGGAAGCCCCUCCUCUCCUCCAUCUCCCGCCAUUUUUGAAGUUUCCGCCCGGAGCUGAGUCGCUGUGCUCGCCAUGGCUUUACGCGUCCGAUCCGGUAACCGACCUCCGGACAGAGGGGACCCCGACACGGUCCAGCACAUGGCUGAAUGGAGCCGGACCCGAGAGGCACUUCGGGAGCUGGAGGGGAGACUGCACUGCUCUGUAUGCUUAUUGAUGUUGAAGCAGCCUGUGUGCUUGGGUGGAUGUGAACAUGUGUUUUGUAGGACUUGUGUGGAUGACCAUGUUGGAAAUGAAUGCCCCUUGUGCCACACACCAGCCUGGGUAAAAGAUGUGCAUAUCAACAGGCAACUUGAUAAUAUUAUUCAGCUAUGUAGUAAGCUAAACGGCAUACUGGAUAAAGGAAAACAAGAUGAAAACAAAAUGGAUUUAUGUCAAGAUGCAUCACUCAAAUCAAGCACCACCGAAGGAGAAUGCAAUAAAAAACAGAUAAAGAUGUGGUUUAGCCCUCGUAGAGGGAAGGCAAGGUAUGUCUUAGAAAGAGAAGUCAAUCAACAGAUUCCUUUAAAACAUGAACAGAUUCCAGAAUUGGAAACAUACGAGUUUGUGUCAUCUUCACCUACUAUGGAGCCCACGAAAAAGAAAGAGAAAAAUAAUUCAAAACGAAGAAAAUCCAAAAAGAAGAUACUAGAAGAUAUCAACCAAGAAUGGGGAGUUGGCACACAAACUCAGAACAGUGACGAUGGCAAGGAAAGUAAUGUUUCAAAUAAUAUUAGAUCUGUCUCAUUUUGCAAUUCUCCUGUAGUUUUAACAUCUCCUAGUGAACAAGAAAAUGGCCAAAAAUGUGAUUCACCAAUAAGAAAUAAUCGGACUAGAAAUGAGACCAGCUUUAAAGAACAUGCAGAAACGGAAUCUAAAAAUACUGAAAACCUGCCCGAGGUCACUCUGUUGGAGUCCCAAUGUUCUGUGCCAGUUUCUAACAAUAUUGUAUUUAAGUCUCUAUCUGAGCAAGGCUGUGACGCUAAAGAUGGCGAGGUAGAUGAAAGCAAUCAACAUGGGGAUAAGAAUGGAGUUGAUGAUUUUGAAGACAAAGCCAGUAAUAAAAAAGUUUUACGAAGUGCAAGGCAAAAAAAUGUAACUUCAAAAAGAGAAACUAAGGUCUUAAAACGUAAAGAACGCACAUCUCCUUCUCCAGUUUCCAGUAUCUCAAAACGUUCAAGAAAAGAGCCUCAGAAGCCAGGAGGCAGUUGUAAGUCUGAGAAGAUAGAAAUAAGUGAUCCAAACCCGGAACAACCAAAAUUGCUUUCCAAGCCUUCCACACCCUCUUCUAAAAACAAAGAUGGAAGAAGAACAAGCCAAACUAGCACCAGUAUCCAGAUGUCUCCAAAUAACCUUUCAGUUUCUAAGAAAAACAUCAGGGGAGAGACAUUGCUUCAUGUUGCUUCCAUAAAGGGAGACCUGAAGGGAGUGGAGGAGCUUCUCAAGAAUGGAGCCAACCCCAAUGUGAAAGACAAUGCUGGCUGGACACCUUUGCAUGAAGCUUGUAAUCAUGGACACUCAGAUGUGGUAGAACUAUUGAUGCAGUACCAAGCUCUAGUGAAUACCACUGGCUACCAGAAUGACACUCCUUUACAUGAUGCUGCAAAAAAUGGCCAUGUAGCCAUUGUCCGACUAUUGCUGAGCCACGGAGCAUCCCCAGAUGCAGUUAAUAUAUUCGGUCGGCGGCCUGUAGACUAUGCAGAAACAGAGGCGAUAAAGUUGGCUUUGCUGCAAGCACAGAAAAACAAGGAGCCACUUGUGAAGCUGCCAUGCUCUGGCCUGAACAGACGCCAAUGUAGAGAAGAAGCUGUUGUCCUUUUGGCUAGCGGCCUGUCAGCCUCUCAAAAGACUAAUCUUGCCAAGCUUGCUGCACUUCUAAAGGCAGAAAUCUGCUCUAACUACAACAGUUCAGUAACUCACCUUAUUGUUGGGGAGGAUCCCAUGCUCCGUACCUUAAAGUGCAUGAUGGGGAUGAUAGCCGGCUGCUGGAUCCUUCAAUAUUCUUGGGUGAAGGCCUGCCUAGAGUCACGUGGCCAAGAGCCAGGAGAAGAAGCACAUGAGAUAAAGGGUGGACCUCACAGAGCUCGACUCAACCGAGAACAGCUGCUUCCUAAACUACUGGAUGGAUGUCAUUUUUAUUUCCUUGGAUCCUUCAAAGAACAUAAAAAGGAAGACUUGACGGAGCUGGUCAAAGCUGCUGGAGGACAAAUUCUCAAUCGCCAACCAAAGCCUGAUAGUGAUGUGACCCAGACUAUUAACACUGUAGCUUACCAUGCUGAUGCUGACUCUGAUCAAAGGUUCUGCACUCAGUAUAUCAUUUAUGAUAAGACUUCCAAAUAUGUCCCACGCAUAGUACGCCAAGGGAAGGUCUGGUUUGCGCCCUCAAAUUGGCUUAUUGACUGUAUUACCUGCUUUCAGCUGCUCCCUGUGCAAUAACAAGCCAGGCAGACCCACACAAGAUACAAAUAAAACUGGCUACCUAUGUGCUGUUCCCCUCAACAGUACAUGAAGCAUUUUCAUAUUGCUGACAGUUUUGUAAAUUCUUAAUACAAUACAAAAUAAACAAAGACACUGCAUACUCUGCUGCAAUAACAUUUGAAUAUAAUGUUAAAAACUGAAAGCUGAUGAUUA